AUGCCGCCUAAGAAGUAUGCUUACCAUCUUCACCCAUUUGGGUGGGAAAACGAUCCACCGGAAGAGAGAUUCAAGGUCACCACCCUUGACUACCUCACUGUCUGUACUUACAACAACUACGCUCUCUUCUUUAAGCUCGAAGAUUCAGAGAAGAAAAGGGCUCUUGAAAUUUUGAAAACUGGACUAGAGAGAACUCUGGCUCAGGCGAGGCAUUAUUGCUGUACUAUUGAGAAAGACCCAGGUGGCGGUCACUCUUUUGUCAAGAAAAAAGACAGCACGGUUCUCUUUUCCGUCAACUGGCUCGACGCUGCCAGGGAUAUCGAGAAGUAUCCUUCGUUCGAGGACCUCGAAAGAACCCAUUUUAGUGCUGUGACACUUGGCGAUCUCGAACAAUGGAGUGUACACCCAAUGACAUAUGGCGAGAAGCCAGAGGCUCAUCCGGACAAUAGUCCCAUUGUAUCCGCUUUCCGAGCCAAUUUUAUCCGGGGAGGACUGGUUUUUAACAUUCACCAUCACCAUUACGCAAACGAUGUCAUGGGUUGGGCAGGCUUCGUUCAUCAGCUGGCUGAAAAUUGCUAUGCUGCUGUCAACAACACUGAAUAUCCUACCUGGGAUCCUCUCAAUCUCGACCUCUCGCGUCUCAUCAAACAAGAGCCGCCAGAAGAGGGAAAAGUCGAUGGGCCGCCACCUUCAGAACGUCACCCUGGGCACCAAGGUGGCGUAUCACUGUUGUUCCACCUUCCAAAAAGCAAAGCCGUCGAGCUUAAGGCCAAGGCUAUGUCCACUGGUGGAAGUCGGAUCUCGACAUAUGACGCCUUUUCAGCUUUCAUCUGGCGCAACUUGACAAGGAUUCGAGCUCCCAUCUUCAAUCCUGACCCGUCAUCGAUUCUGUACUGGUGCGAGGCCAUCGAUAUGAGACGCCGUAUGCAUAGUCCCAAGGUCCCUCCACGAAUUCAGCAUAAUGUCAUGUUUGCAGCGACAUCUCUCACAGCGCCUAUUACACAGCCAACAGUGGCGCAGAUUAUCUCCGAGUGGUCUCUUUCUCAGUUGGCCUCAUACAUACGUCAAUUGACCAACAGUGUCACGCAGGAGAAUCUCGACAAGACACUGGAGAUGGUUGCGACAAUUCGUGACAAGACAUCUCUAAAUGCUCGUGUGGAUGCGCAGCCUCCGUUAUCAAUCUUGCAAACUGACCAUAGAGAUGCCAACAUCACGUCUGCUGACUUUGGUUUCGCGAAACCUACCACGUAUCGUCAUCUGCUGGAUCGUAUUACCGAGGGAGUGAUCAUUAUUUACCCACCCCGAGAUACUUCGAUGGAGUCUGACGAAGGUUGCGAAUUUGCGAUAUUCUACGAGAAGAGGUUGGCCCAGGAUCUUAUAAAUGAUCGCGAGUGGAAUGAAUACUUUGAGUACAGAGGUGUUGAUGCCGAGGAUAGAAGUAUGAAUUGA